AUCUUUACUUACAACCAUCAGUCAGCUCUUGAUAACUUCAACGUGGCACUUUUUCACCUUUUUUUUUUCAUUACAACUCUUCCUUGAUACCCCCUUAUACGAAAUCUCACAAUCAUGGCGCAAGACCCUCGAGCUCUCCUCCAAAAGGCUCAGAAGCAGCUCCAGAGCGCCGGUGGUGGCUUCAGCUUCUUUGGAGGGCGAGAGGAUAAGUACCAAGAGGCUGCCGAUCUCUUUACCCAGGCCGCCAAUGCCUUCAAGAUGCAACAACAGAACCUCGAGGCCGGAAAGGCUUUCGAACAAGCCGCGCAGGUCCAAACCGAUAAGCUCAAGGAGCCCGACGAUGCCGCCAACACCCUCGUCGAUGCAUUUAAGGCCUACCGCAAAGACGACCCACAGGCUGCCGCGAGAUGCUUGAACGUUGCUGUCGAUCGAUACUGCGCCAAGGGCAACUUCCGUCGCGCAGCCUCUCACAAGGAGAACCUUGGUGAGCUGUAUGAGGUGGAUCUUGGUGAUGCGAAGAGCGCGAUUGAAAGCUACGAACUCGCUGCCACUUGGUACGAGGGCGAUAACGCAGCUGCUCUUGCCAACAAGCUAUGGCUCAAGGUUGCCGAUGUGGCCGCCCUCGAGGGUGACUACUACAAGGCCAUCGAAAAGUACGAAAAGGUGGCUGAGCAGUCAAUCAACAACAACCUCAUGAAGUACAGCGUCAAGGACUACCUGCUCAAGGCAGGCAUCUGCCACCUUGCCAGCGGCGAUCUCGUCGCUGCUCAGCGCGCCCUCGAGAAGUACCGCGAUAUGGACCCCUCAUUCGGCGCUCAGCGAGAGCACCAGCUCCUAUGCGACUUGUGCGAGGCUAUCGAAGCCAAGAGCCAGGAGCAGUUCACCGACCGUCUGUACCAAUUCGACCAGAUCAGCAAGUUGGAUAAGUGGAAGACAACGGUCUUGGUCCGUGUGAAGAACCAGAUUGAGGAGGCUGAUGACGAGUUUGCGUAAAGGAAUAGCCAACAGCGAAGCGUGGAUUGAUACGAGAAUGGCAUGUGCAUAGCAAAGGGUUGGGAUAUAUCAAGAACUGCAACUUGGGGCCUUGCUAUCAAGAAUAAGGUAGAAGAGGUGGCGAGAACGGAUGAGGUAUCAGCAUGUCUGCUUAUUAUGGGUUUGGAAGUGGUCAGGUCAAGCAUAGAAUCAACAUAACUAUAUGAAUACAAUGUUCAAAGUCCAAUAUCUACAGUUGAGUACACUCUUUGAGAG